AAAAGGACCGCGGAGCCGCAACUUCAAGAGUUGUCCUGUGUGUGUUGAUCCUUUCCUUUGGAUUUGUGCGGAACCUGCGUUGAACGCAAAAGCUCAGCAACAUGGGCCGCUCGAUGCGCUCUCUCGCGCUCGCCGCGCUAACAGUCAAUUCAGUUUACGCGGAAGAUGUCUUGUAUAGUCGGAGGUUGGCAAAGCGUGGUAUUGAUGCGCAGGGAAACUACAAUAUCUCGUUCUUCCAUGUCAACGAUGUCCAUGCUCACCUCGAUGAAUUCAGCUCCUCUGGCACCGACUGUACCAAGCCAGAGCGCGGAUGCUAUGGCGGCUAUGCGCGUAUCAAGCAUGUCAUUGAUACUCAGCGCCCUCAGGUUAACGACAGCUUGUGGCUGAACGUUGGCGAUGAAUUCCAAGGAACCUUGUUUUACUCCUUCUAUGGCGGGGAGAAGAUUGCGGAGACGAUCAACCAGGUUGGAUUCGAUGCCAUGACGCUCGGAAACCAUGAGUUUGACGGCGGGGACGACAAGCUGGCUGAGUUUCUGCAAAAUCUCACGUUCCCAAUUGUGUCGGCGAACAUCCAUUCGGACAACGAGAUCUUGAACAAGACUAUAAAGCCAUACCACAUUUUCGAGGAGAAAGGCCUUGCACUUAUUGGAGUCACCACCUCGACCACGCCCAGCAUCAGCAACCCGGGUGAUGGAACCAAAUUCUCAGACGAGGUGGAGGCCGUUCAAGCAGCUAUUGACGAGAUCAAGGCCAAAACCAAGAUCAAACGCAUCGCUGCUAUCACGCACAUCGGUUAUGAGAAGGAUCAAGAGCUCGCCCGAGCAACGACGGGUCUCCAGCUCAUCAUGGGAGGCCACAGCCACACUCUGCUCGGGGAUAUGGAAAAGGCCGAGGGCAAGUAUCCCACUAUCGUCAAGAACAAGGAUGGCGAGGAAGUCUUCAUUGUCACUGCCUACCGUUGGGGUGAGUAUGUGGGCUACAUCGAUGUGACGUACGACCCAGAAGGCAAGAUCCUCGCCUACCACGGCGCCCCCAUCCACCUCACCAACACCACGGCGCAAGACGAGGACCUUCAAAAGCAGAUCAAGGCCUGGAGAGGCCCCUUCGAAAAAUUCGCCGCAGAAGUACUGGGCCAGUCCAAGGUCACUCUCGACCAAACCACCUGCCAGAAAGAGGAAUGCCUCCUGGGCGACUACAUGGCGGACGCCAUGCUCGAGUACCGCAAAGCCAACAAUAAGAAUGUCGACUUCGCCAUCAUCAACGCCGGCGGAAUCCGCGCAACCAUUGACGUAGGCGACAUCACUCGCGGUGAGGUCCUCACUUCCUUCCCCUUCGGCAACGCCAUCGUCGAGCUCAAGCUCAAAGGCGAGGAACUCUGGAAGGUCCUCGAGGGAAUUGUGACUGGCGUGAACGUCAACAACGGCAAGCAGGUGACUUCGUUCCUCCAAGUCAGCAAAGGCAUCAAGAUCCAAUAUAACCCCGACAACGCGAAUAACACCAAGCUUGUUUCCGUGAAGAUCAAUAACAAGGAGCUGGACAACAACACCGAAUAUACCAUCGUCACUCUUGACUUCCUCGCUGGUGGUGGCGACAACUUCUUCACGCCAACCACGGACUUCAUCAGCUUGGACACCCAGGACGAGGUUCUGGUGCAGUACAUCAAGAAGACGAGCCCCGUGGAUAUCAAGCUGGAGGGCCGCAUCGAGAAGGUCCAAGGUCAAAGGCAAGGGAACGGCGGAGGGAAUGGUACGACCACUAGUGGAAGUGCCGUUCUACCUGGGGCUACGGGACCUGCCUCUCAACGCGUCCCUGGGGCGGUUGGUUCCUGCUUACUUGCUUUGGCGGCGGUUCUUUUCAUGCUAUAGUGCCAUAGCGGAUGGAUAUGUACAUUAAUGUGAGACAGAAGCAGAAUAAUAUUUUCAGAUUAACG